GCGGAUAUAGUGAAUGCGGGGUCCGGGGAGAGCGGAUAUAGUGAAUGCGGGGUCCGGGGAGAGCGGAUAUAGUGAAUGUGGGGUCCGGGGAGAGCGGAUAUAGUGAAUGCAGGGUCCGGGGAGACUGGAUAUAGUGAAUGCGGGGUCCGGGGAGAGCAGAUAUAGUGAAUGCGAGGGUCCGGGGAGAGCAGAUAUAGUGAAUGCGGGGUCCGGGGAGAGCGGAUAUAGUGAAUGCGGGGUCCGGGGAGAGCGGAUAUAGUGAAUGCGGGGUCCGGGGAGAGAGGAUAUAGUGAAUGCGGGGUCCGGGGAGAGCGGAUAUAGUGAAUGCGGGGUUCGGGGAGA